AUGAUCAUGGUGUUCUUCUCGUCUUCAUCUACGCCACUCUAUUCCGAGCGCUGGACGCCGAAGACCACCGGGCAGUACGCGGGAACUUGCAUUUUCCUUAUCAUACUUGCGACCAUCUUCCGAGCCCUGCUUGCCGUUCGAGGCAACAUUGACACGUUGAUGGCACGGUGGCAUCACAGACACCAUACGAGCCUACCACAAAGUGACGUGGCGGAGGCAGCGAAACACCGAGCACUUGACCGGGCUCCGUGGAGAGUCAACGAUGCGCUCCUUCUGGCCACCCUUGACACGCUGUUGACUGGUGUCGGGUAUUUACUUAUGCUCGCCGUCAUGACGAUGAAUGUGGGCUACUUCCUAUCGGUGCUUGGGGGUGCGUUUCUGGGGAGCUUCGUCUUUGGUCGCUUGGCUGGGCCUGCGGCGCACUGA